CCUUCGGGCCGUCUGUUCGCGGCGAUUACCGAAUCCCGAAUCCAGAUGCAGCAAACAACUCGAAGCGAACGCUUCGCGCGACUCUUCGCUCCCGCAGGAGCUCUCGGGCGAUCGCGAUACGAAAAACACCAUUUACAAGUUUUCCCCAGUAAAUUAUCUCUCUCGCCAGUGACUAAGCCAUCCAGCUAAGUGCAGAAAUUCACUCGAGACCAUGGACUAGAUCCGCGAUUCGCGGAAAGGGAAGUUCUCGCCAAAGAAGCCUGCACUCCGUAACGGUGAAACAUAACCUCGCCAGUGUUCAUCAGUACUUAGGAAGUAUCCGUCCAAGAUAGUUUUAUCGACCUUUGGCACGGUAUCGAGGAAUCGUCCGAGCAUUAGUCACUUUUACGCGUCACUGCCAAAUAUCUCCAGAGGAAGGUACCUCGGGGAAGAUCGAGACUGCGAAUACGCUUUUGGUAGUAUAAAACAGUAUAUAAAAAUCCGUCCGAAAGCGCCUUUUUGGAGCGCCGGAGAGAGGUUAGGUUGCUCCGUAAACAAUACACGAGAAUCGCAGCUCGCGGCUGUGCACUCGGCUGACUGACGUUUCGUUGCAUCAGCCGUCGACCCUCCCCUCGGCCGACGACUUCUUUGUUCGCGCUCCGAGUACUCGGCGCGAACUCGAACGACGACCCGCUCUGCGAUAACCUUCACUUCCCUGCUGAUAUACUAGGCUAGCCAGUUGGCCCAUUCUUGUAGUGUGAGGGCUACACUGAGACUACGGAUUUGUGGCAUCGCUUGGUGACUGCAAGUUUCUGUCGCAGUCCACUACCGGCCACACGUUGCAGGAAUGGACUCAUCGGGCAUGCCAGUACCGGAUGCAAUCCACCCUCUCUUCGAGCAGCUCCGAGAAGACUUGGUGCUGGAAGAGAAAUAUCAGCCUAACCUUCAAUUACCCACCACCACACAAAAUGACGAAAUAACGAUUGGCGCACGAGAUGGUUCCGCACACGUAUUAAGAUGCCUCAAAGUGUGGUACGAUUUACCAUCGGAUGUCUUCUUUAUUGCUAUUAAUUUGAUGGAUCGCUUUCUGACAAAAAUGAAGGCCAGGCCAAAGCACAUGGCUUGCAUCAGUGUAUCGUCAUUCUACAUAGCUGCCGUCCAAAUGGCUCAAUCUCUGGAUGCCGAUCAUUUAGUAUCCAUUUCUCAGUGCAAAUGUACAGGUGGUGAUUUGAAAAGAAUGUCCGAUGUAAUUCGCAACAAACUGGAAUGGGCUCCUGGAACGCAACCUAUCACAUCUCUUACUUUCCUACGCCUCUUCAACGUCAUGUUUCAUGCUGCUGCCUCCCAGUUAGGUCUUGGUGAUAUUUAUUCAAGCAUUGUACCGGAAGCGGAACUUCUCCUUCGCCUUGAAAUGGUUGCCUGUAAUGGAAACUGUGCGAGCUUGAGGCAAUCCGAAGUGGCGCUUGUUUUGUUGUGCACAUAUUUGGAUUCCGCUGUUAAUCGUUUGGAUUCAAAUGCAGACAGCAUUAAUGUCGGAAUGCCUGGACCGUCCACUUUGAGCACACCUUCGACACAAGCUUGUCAGAUGUUAAGGCUUGUGGAUUUUGCAGCCGAAAUACAGAAGAUGUGCAAGAUUCCAGACGAUAGCUUCUUCGCAACUCAUGAAUCUGUAGGAGCAAUAUUGAGCAAAUAUAAUGCACAGGAACAAACACCACACAGACAAAGGCUGAUAUGGAAAUUAUCUUCUCGUACAGCUCGCCUUCUACGACCCACUGACAAGUUCACUUCCGUAUUACCCGUCAUUGCUGAACAUGCUCCGGUCCCUUCGCCAAGUAGAAUCAGGAAAAGCCGCAAGUUCGCACGUCGUCAUGGGAACAAGAGGCGCUAAAAUGCAUGAUCUUCCAUAAAUCUGAGAUACGGCAGCAUAAUUCGAAAGCAACGUGAAGCAGUAAUUACUAAGAGAGAAGACUUAAAGCAUCGUGACGGAAACGGAAAGUAUGCCUCCCAUAAUUUUUUAAUUCUUCGUUAGAGUAUCAUUCUCAAGGUUUUUGUACAGUAACUGGAGUGACAAAAAGAGGUGCAAACUUUACAGCCCCGUUUUGUGAUUAGAAUUCCACAAUCAGUCUCCGUAAAAGUGUAUGUUUAGUGGCUGUCACUAUGCAGUAAAUGUAUAUAUGAAACUGUGACGGUUAAAAAAAAAAAAAAGAUAUUCAAUUGAAUGUGGAACCAUUGUGUAGAAACAUUGAAGAAAUUAAUGUGAUACAAAUUCCACAGUGGUUACUAAAUAGUAUGCCACUGUCGUGGAGUUAAAACGUAUAGGUAUAUAUAUUCUAUCUAUAUAUAUAUAAAUAUAUAUAUAUAUUUACUGAAUCAUUAAAAGAAAGAAAAAAAAAUUACAUAAUGUCAAAAGAGAAAUAAAAAAACAAUUUAAAAGGAAAACAUAGAAAAAAUGAAGCAGACAGAAUGUUAAUAAGGGAAGAGAAGAGAGGAGUUUAGAAUAGUGCGAGCAGGUAAACUUCUUUACGUGGCUUUAACGUGGCAAAAUUAUAAAAUUGUGAUCGACUAUUAAUGUUUUACAUUUGCAUGUAAAGAAUUAGCAGUAUGUAUAUACGUAUACAUGUAUAUAUACAUAUAUCUCUUUAUGUCCCAUUGAGUGUUGAAAGUUAGUCGGACAUAAAGUACAUAUUGCUUCGUGGAAGGUACAGGUGAAAGAAUAAUCGAUGUUACGUUGAAGCAUGUAAAGAUGUUUUACGAUUAAUCUAACGCGCAAGGUUGUUUCACUUUUUAAGCCCAUUUCGUGAUGGUUAUCUAAAGAAGAAUUAUAUAUGGUAGAUCUGUUUCACGAUGUUAAUUUAAAGAUCAGUUGGCGCAUCUUAUAAUUUCGCGGGACGCACUUAGAUACAAAAGUGUAUUCCCAUUUUGCGCUGAUUCUUGUGUCGGUUGACCAACUAAACUGAUAGCGCGAAAAGUGAUAUAUAUCGCCGUGUGGCUAGGGCCUCGGAGGGUAACGAUUAAGCGCAUACACGCAAACGAGUGGGUAUGACCCCCUCGGCGUUUUGACAAACUAAUCCUCAUUGUUGCGAUCGGGCACGAGACUCGGACGAUUAGAAGAAAUUUCAUAUCAUAUUAAAUUAUUUACCCUGAAAGCCUAAGCGCGAGGCCGCGUGGGCGCGCUAACGUAAUUUAUUUCCCUUAUUUAUUUGAACGUGCCAAAUAAGAUCGAGAUACUGAGGAGGAGAUUUGCAAAGGUUGAGCGGCAAUUAAUCGGUGUGCGUUUCCAAACUGAGCCAGUUUGUGCUAGUCAGAAGCAAUCUUCUAAAUAAUUAACUUUCCUUCCCACUUCUUAGCGAACUCCAGCGCGUUUUCCAGUUCUCUCUUUUCGCACCUCUACGGUCUCAGUAAUCGGGAUAAUUGCGAAUUGCAACGAGAGAGCAGGGUUACCCACAGGUUUUGUCUUUUCUUUUUUUUUUUUCCUCUCUCUUUGCACCGGUAACGGCUUGUGUUUGUCAUCCGAUAAACUUGUUUAUACGUGGUCGUUUGUCCGAUGAACUUGUUUA